CACUCUGAACCUGGGCCUGAAACAAUGUCCUCCACCGAAAGAAACGUAAAGGACACUUGAUCACACAAUCCUUGGAAUUAUUUCCAGGAAUCACUUGCAGAAACCCCUCGGAGCACCCUUUCCCUGGCAGUGCACACGGGGACGGCCAGGAGAUGAGUGCAUCUUUGAAUUACAAGUCUUUUUCCAAAGAGCAGCAGACCAUGGAUAACUUGGAGAAGCAACUCAUCUGUCCCAUCUGCUUAGAGAUGUUCACGAAACCCGUGGUCAUUCUCCCCUGCCAGCAUAACCUCUGUAGGAAAUGCGCCAGUGACAUUUUCCAGGCCUCUAACCCGUACUUGCCCACGAGAGGAGGCACCACUGUGGCCUCGGGGGGCCGAUUCCGCUGCCCGUCCUGUAGACAUGAAGUGGUUUUGGACAGACACGGGAUAUACGGCCUUCAGAGGAACCUGCUAGUGGAAAACAUCAUUGACAUCUACAAGCAGGAGUCCAGCAGACCAGAAAAGAAGUCAGACCAGCCCAUGUGUGAGGAGCACGAGGACGAGCGCAUCAACAUCUACUGUCUGAACUGCGAAGUGCCCACCUGCUCCCUGUGCAAGGUCUUCGGGGCACACAAGGAUUGCCAGGUGGCUCCCCUCACUCACGUAUUCCAGAGGCAGAAGUCUGAGCUCAGUGAUGGCAUUGCCGUCCUCGUGGGAAGCAACGAUCGGGUCCAGGGGGUGAUCAGCCAGCUGGAGGACACCUGUAAAAUCAUUGAGGAAUGCUGCAGAAAACAGAAACAGGAGCUUUGUGAGAAGUUUGAUUACCUGUAUGGCAUCUUGGAGGAGAGGAAGAAUGAAAUGACCCAAGUCAUCACCCGAACCCAAGAGGAGAAGCUAGGACAUGUCCGUGCUCUCAUCAAAAAGUAUUCUGAUCAUUUGGAGAACGUAUCAAAGUUGGUUGAGUCGGGAAUACAGUUUAUGGAUGAGCCGGAAAUGGCAGUGUUUCUGCAGAAUGCCAAAACCCUGUUACAAAAAAUAUCUGAAGCAUCGAAGGCAUUUCAGAUGGAGAAAAUAGAACAUGGUUAUGAGAACAUGAACCACUUCACAGUCAACCUCAAUAGAGAAGAAAAAGUAAUACGCGAAAUUGAUUUUUACAGAGAAGAUGAAGAUGAUGAAGACGAAGAAGGAGAAGAAGGAGAGGGAGAAGGAGAAGAGGUAACAGAAGUGGAUGAGGUGGAAAAUGUUCGAACAGAGUCAUCGGGAGAAGACGAAAGUCCGGAGAAAGGCUCGGAGCCCUCUCCACGGGCUUCCGAGCUCCAGGCUGCCCCAGAGGCACCUCCGGCUUCCUCUCCAGAGUCACCUCCAGCCCCCUCUCCAGUGUCACCUCCAGCCCAGCCACCAGCUGCGGAUUCUCCGGUGACACAGGGGGAGGUUGUGCCCACUGGCUCUCAGCAGACCACAGAGUCUGAAACUCCAGUCCCUGCAGCAACGGACACUGCGGAUCCCUUGCUUUACCCUAGCUGGUAUAAAGGCCAAACCCGGAAAGCCACCAGCAACCCAUCUUCCACCCCAGGGAGCGAAGGUCUGGGGCACAUAGGGCCUGCAGGUUCUGAGGACUCGAAUGUGCAGAAGGCAGAAGUGGCAGAAGCCGCAGCCAGUGAGAGGGCAGCAGUGAGUGGUAAGGAAACUAGUUCACCUGCAGCUACUUCUCAGACUGGUUUUGAGGACCCGCCUCUCCAGGGACAGCCUGCGGCUUCAGGGAGUGGGAGUGGAGCUGAUUCUGAGCCAGCUCGCCAUGUCUUCUCCUUUUCCUGGUUGAACUCCCUGAAUGAAUGAUGUUCAUUCCAGCUGCUGCCCCUCUGUCUGCCUGGCUGAGAUGUAUGCAGGCAGUAGGGAACCUACAUGAAACUAAAAUCACGCAGAUGAUGAAAGGGACCUCUGAACAGGAUUUCUACAAAAAAUACCCUUAAAUUCCAGAUGACUUAUCUAACACAUUGAGGGAAAACAAUGCUUUGAGAAAAUAGUUGCAGAAAGGAUUGGAAAAAAAAGAAACCUGAUCUUACGCAAAUCAUUGAUUGUGUGGGAAACAUUUUGAAGGGUGUGUAGGUGUGGUACGUGUGUGCAUGCGUCACUAACAAGUGGCAAGUGUUGAAAAAAGUGGGCACUACACUCUCGUCUCUAACAGGCACCAGCUUUUGUUAUGACAUCGUAGUAGUUCGUAUUCUCUUUCCUCUUUAACAAUGCAGGUGGGCAGUGAAAUUCAGUGUUAAUUCAGAAGUGACCGAUUUAUCAAUAUAUGGACAAGAGAUAAAUCAUUGACCAAAGGUAUGAAAUGUUUCACAGAGGUUUCCUCUUUUCCAUAAUAGAUGUCGCUGGAUGGAUGUCCAGAAAUGUUCUUUGACUCUGGUGACACUUGGACAAUGUCCAGAAGGCUAAAGGCCUAGGACAUUUUUUGACAUUUUUCUAAUCUUGGUUUUAGAUACACAGAUAUCAGGCACUUUAAUGGAAAAAGACUUUUCAAUAGAAACUGUCUGCUUUCUCAUGUAUCCACUGAGGCACCAAUCUGCUGAACUGUGGAACUGCAUGUAUUUAAAUAUAUAUAUAUAUAUAUAUAUAUUCACACACAGCACACAUUAUACAUGUACAUAUAUAUUUAAACCAUGUUUUAUUUGUCCCACCAUAAUGCUCUUCAAAACA